AUGACCUCAGACUCUCGAGACCGCGGUAUCCGCAUUGCUAUUGAUCGCGGUGGAACCUUCACAGACUGUGUUGGCGAGCUUAACGGCAAAGAGAUCAUCAUCAAGCUCCUCUCCGAAGAUCCGGCCAACUACGAAGAUGCGCCCCUCGAGGGCAUCCGGCGCAUCAUGUCGCACUUCCUCGGCCGGGAGAUACCCCGCGGCGAGGCCCUCGAUACGAAGCAGAUCGAUUCCAUCCGUAUGGGAACCACCGUAGCGACUAAUGCGCUGUUGGAGCGCAAGGGCGAGAAGAUCGCCAUGGUCGUCACCAAGGGGUUCAAGGACUGCUUGGCCAUUGGCAACCAAAGCAGACCCAAGAUCUUUGAUCUAGCAAUCCGGAAACCGGAUGUUUUGUACGAGAAGGUGGUCGAGGUUGAUGAGCGUGUGACUUUGGAGGACUACGCUGAGGACCCCGAGCGACACUUGACGCAGGCUUUUGCCAAGGCAGGGACGCCAGAGGCUGCGAAAGAGGAACUUGUUCAGGGCACAUCUGGGGAAGCCGUGAGAAUUCUUCAGCGUCCCGAGGCAGAAAACAUCCGGAGUCAACUGCAAGAGGUAUACGACUCGGGCAUCCGUAGCAUAGCUGUAUGCCUGAUGCACGGCUACACCUUCCCCGACCACGAGGCCCUCGUUGGAAAGAUUGCUAAGGAGAUUGGCUUCAAGCAUAUUUCCCUCAGUCAUGAGCUUAUGCCAAUGAUCAAGCUGGUCUCACGAGCGACUUCAGUCUGCGCGGAUGCAUAUCUCACGCCCGCCAUCAAGAAGUACAUUUCGGGCUUCCAAGCUGGGUUCGAGGGCGGUCUGGGCACGAAGAGCGUCAAGCAGGAGGAAGGUGCCAAGGGCGCGCGCUGCGAGUUCAUGCAGAGUGAUGGCGGUCUUGUUGAUGUGGAGAACUUUACCGGCCUCAAAGCCAUCCUUUCCGGACCAGCGGGUGGUGUUGUGGGAUAUGCAAUCACGUCGUACGAUGAGGAGACCAAGGUCCCGGUGAUUGGAUUUGACAUGGGCGGCACGAGUACUGAUGUCUCUCGGUUUGGCGAGGGUCGGUAUGAACAUGUGUUCGAGACCACCACUGCUGGUGUGACUAUCCAGUCCCCGCAGCUGGACAUCAACACGGUAGCUGCGGGUGGUGGCUCGAUGCUGUUCUGGAGGAACGGCCUCUUCGUCGUGGGGCCAGAGUCUGCCGGAGCCCAUCCGGGUCCGGCAUGUUACCGAAAAGGGGGGCCUGCGACUGUGACGGAUGCCAACCUAUACCUCGGUCGUCUGCUACCCGAGUUUUUCCCCAAGAUUUUCGGCGAGAAUGAGGACCAAGGACUUGACCCCGAGGCCAGCGAGAAGGUUCUGCAAGAGCUCGCUGACCAGGUCAAUAAGGAGACUGGAAAGAACAUGAGCGUUGAUGAGGUAGCGUAUGGCUUCUUGACUGUGGCCAAUGAGACCAUGACGAGACCCAUCCGAUCAAUCACCGAGGCCAAGGGGCAUGACUCCUCAAAGCAUCGUCUGGCCACAUUUGGCGGCGCCGGUGGUCAGCAUGCCGUUGCUAUUGCCGAAGCACUCGGAAUCCAGCAGAUUCUCAUCCAUAGAUACUCUUCUGUCCUUUCGGCAUAUGGUAUGGCGUUGGCUGAUGUCGUUGACGAACGUCAAGAGCCCGAUUCCAAGAUCUGGAAGUAUCCGGGUAAGGCGGUGGACGAUUUGAAGAGCAAAAUGGAGAAGCUGGAGGAGAAGUCCCGCAAAGCUCUACGCGAUCAAGGCUUUGAGGAUAAGGAAAUCGUCUUUGAGGACUACCUCAACAUGAGAUACCGUGGUACCGAGUCGGCCUUAAUGAUCAUCAAGCCCGACCAGAACGCGCAGAAGGAAGUCAAGGACUGGGACUUUGGAACCGCUUUCAUCCAACAGCAUCGUUACGAGUUCGGGUUUACGCUUGAUGACAGAGAUAUCAUCGUUGACGAUGUGCGCGUCAGAGGCAUUGGCAAGAGUUACAGACAUGCGGAGAAGACGGUUGAUCAGCAGCUGAAGGAACUGAAGCGCAAGGAUGUGGAGCAGAGCAAGGCGCACAGCCGACAGAAGGUUUAUUUCGAAGAGGGUCGGCUUGACACCCCUGUGUAUAAGCUCGAAGACUUGAGCACUGGUGAGACCCUCAAGGGGCCAGCCAUGCUGGCUGAUGGAACACAGACAAUUGUGGUCACGCCCAAGGCUACUGCUUUGGUUCUUGAUACCCACGUAGUCAUCGAUAUCCAGAAGGAGGUAUCAAAGGAGGAUGAGCAUCGUCAAGCCGAGAUAUGGAAGGGCGAAUUGAACAAGGGCGAUGUUAUCAUCUCCAACCAUCCGUCAUAUGGAGGCACCCAUUUGCCAGACAUCACCCUCGUAAUGCCGGCCUUCAACGAGAAGGGCGACAAGAUUCUCUUCUACGCGGCCUCGAGAGCCCACCACGCAGAUAUCGGCGGAAUCACGGCUGGCAGUAUGCCACCUCACUCAAAGGAGCUAUUCCAGGAAGGUGCCGCAAUCAAGAGCGAGAAGCUUGUGAGCGAAGGCCGCUUCGACGAGAAGAGGGUGACAGAACUGCUAUACAACGAGCCCGCACAGUACCCUGGCUGCAGCGGUACGCGCUGCCUAGCUGAUAACAUCAACGACCUGAGGGCUCAGGUCUCAGCUAAUCAGAAGGGCAUUGCGCUAAUCGAGGGACUCAUUGAGGAGUACGGCGAGGAGACGGUGCAGUUCUACAUGGUCCACAUCCAGAACAACGCAGAGUUGUGCGUCCGCAACCUCCUGAAGGAAGUCAGCAAGCGCUUCGAGGGCAGAGACCUCCAGGCAGUAGAUUUCAUGGACGAUGGCAGCCCCAUCCGGCUGAAGGUGACGAUCGACUCUGGUAAGGGUGAGGCUAUUUUCGACUUUGAGGGCACCGGCCCUGAAGUCUAUGGCAACGUCAACGCUCCCGAGGCCGUGACAUACAGCGCUAUCAUCUACUGCCUCCGUUGUCUCAUCUCAGAGGAUAUCCCCUUGAACCAGGGAUGUCUGAAGCCCAUCAACGUCAAAAUCCCGCCAAAGUCGCUGCUUUCCCCCUCGGACGGUGCCGCUGUGGUGGGCGGCAACGUGCUGACGAGUCAGCGUGUGACGGACGUCAUCUUCAAGGCCUUCCAGGCGUGCGCGGCGAGCCAAGGCGACUGCAAUAACCUUACCUUUGGCUUUGGCGGGAACCUUACAGGCCAAAAGGAAGUCAAAGGUUUCGGGUACUAUGAGACGAUCGCGGGCGGAAGCGGCGCAGGGCCGAGCUGGGAGGGGACUAGUGGUGUGCAUACCCAUAUGACCAACACACGCAUCACGGACUCGGAGGUGUUUGAGCGGCGUUACCCGGUGAUUCUGCGGGAAUUUUCGCUGAGAGAUGGGUCUGGCGGAGAUGGGCAGCAUCGCGGAGGCGACGGCGUCGUAAGGGACAUCGAGUUCCGGAUCCCGGUACAAGCGUCGAUCCUCAGCGAGAGGCGCGUGUACCGGCCGUACGGGCUCGCUGGUGGUGAGGAUGGUGAGUGUGGGUUGAACGUUUGGGUGAGGAAGGUAGAGAAGGGGAGCUGGGAGAAGUCUCUGAAGAGGCUCAAGGGUGGGGAAGGUAGCGAAAGGGAUGCUGAGGUGGAGUAUGAGGAGAGGAGAUUCAAUCUGGGUGCGAAGAACAGUGCGCCGAUGAAGCCUGGCGAGAGGAUCAUUAUCAACACGCCUGGUGGCGGUGGCUGGGGUAAGGUUGGGACGGAGAAGGCCUUUAGUCGCAAGAGGGACCCAACGGAGGGCUGGAGGAAGGGGAGCCAUGCGAGCAGAGAGGAUACCGCGCUCCAGGUUUAG